UAUAGAUUUAAAUACUCUCCGUCACCCAACGCAGUCACCAGUGAAGGAUGUGUUUGUGUUGGUGAAAGAAAAUGUUGAGGGUCGCUGCUCGCAGGCUGUCAUCCUCACUCAGAAGGCCAUCGCAGGCCGCCGGUUCAUCCUCCGGCUUUCCCAAUCAAUCCGUCGACGGAACUCAUUUCUUCAAUGACAGCCCAAUUGACCCUUACCCCAAUUUUCAUUUCUCCUCCAGAGGUUUUGGUUGUAAUUCCAUUUCACCAAAGAAUGAAGGGAAAAGGUCUAUCCCUAUCCCACCAACUGUAGCUGCUAUGAGAAACCCUAGUCCAAAGAUAGUUUACGACGAGCACAACCACGAGCGGUACGCCCCAGGUGAUCCCAGUAAGCGUGCCUUUGCAUAUUUUGUCCUGACAGGUGGCAGAUUCGUGUACGCUUCCUUGCUGCGCCUUGUUGUCCUCAAGUUCAUCCUCAGCAUGUCGGCCAGUAAGGAUGUUCUGGCAAUGGCUUCUCUGGAGGUUGAUCUGUCGAGCAUCGAGCCGGGGUCGACUGUCACGGUCAAGUGGCGAGGAAAGCCCGUCUUCAUUAGGCACCGCAGUGAGGAAGACGUGAAGCUGGCCAACAGUGUCGAGAUCGCCUCGCUGCGGGACCCACAGAAGGACUCAGAGAGGGUGAAGAAUCCGGAAUGGCUCGUGGUUGUUGGGGUCUGCACGCAUUUGGGCUGCAUCCCUUUGCCCAAUGCUGGUGAUUUCGGAGGGUGGUUUUGCCCCUGCCAUGGCUCUCACUAUGACGUAUCCGGAAGAAUUCGAAAGGGUCCAGCUCCGUACAAUCUGGAAGUCCCCACCUAUACUUUCUUGGACGAGAACAAGCUGUUGAUCGGAUGAUGAUGAUGAUGUUAUUUAGUUCGUUUUUUAGUAGAAACCGAGGAUUUGUAGCCAUUGACUAUUAGCCAUCUGAUCUGGGGCUAGCUCAUGUUUUUAUUGUAUUAAGGUUUUGAUGAAGGAUGAUGUUUGUUUGUCCACAUCCUUUGGUUUAGUGAUGAAUUUGUGUUGUUGAUAGGAAUGUGGUUGAAGAUUGUGAGAAAUAAAUAUUGUUGGUAAUUUGGGAGCUGAAAAAAUCUACAUGUGAUUCUGCCUUGAUGGAUUUUUGUAGCAAUUUUCAUUGUGGCCCUCACACCAGCCUUUUGAUAAAGAUGACUUUUAGA